GUUAACGAGAAAAUAAAAAAAAUCGUUUGAUGUAUUUACAACGCUCCUUCACAUGACUGCCGACGCAUGCGCAGUCGCCCGGUUGUAACUCGAAAUAUUCAAUAAUCUGGGAAGCUGCUGUCGCUGGACACCUCGCUGCAAAAACGAGAACGAACCACGGCGCUGCUGUGUUUUUACAGGAAAGGAGGCGAAUUUCAGCAGGAGGCCACAGUUCUCGACUCGACUGACAAGCAGCAAUGAGCUUCUUUGGUUUUGGUCAAAGUGCGGACAUCGACAUAGUUCUGAAUGACGCCGAAACGAGAAAGAAAGCUGAGCAUAAAAGCGAAGACGGCAGGAAGGACAAAUAUUUCCUCUUCUACGACGGGGAAACGGUGUCGGGCAAAGUCAAUGUGACGCUCAAGUACCCGGGGAAGAGGCUGGAGCACAACGGCAUCAAGAUUGAGUUUGUCGGGCAGAUAGAGCUGUAUUACGACAGAGGAAACCACCAUGAGUUUGUGUCUCUGGUGAAAGACUUGGCUCGGCCGGGAGAGAUCACGCAGUCGCAGACGUUCGACUUUGAGUUCACGCAUGUGGAGAAACCCUACGAAUCUUAUACUGGACAAAAUGUCAAAUUACGCUAUUUUCUGCGGGCGACAGUGGGCCGAAGACUGAACGACAUCAGCAAAGAGCUGGACAUUGUGGUUCACACGCUCAGCACCUACCCUGAGCUCAACUCCUCCAUCAAGAUGGAAGUGGGCAUCGAGGACUGUCUACACAUAGAGUUUGAGUACAACAAGUCCAAGUAUCACCUAAAAGAUGUGAUUGUAGGGAAGAUUUACUUCCUGUUGGUGAGGAUUAAGAUCAGACAUAUGGAGAUUGACAUCAUCAAGCGGGAGACGACCGGUACUGGACCCAACGUCUACCAUGAGAACGACACCAUAGCAAAGUAUGAAAUCAUGGACGGUGCUCCAGUCAGAGGAGAGUCCAUCCCCAUCAGGCUGUUUCUGGCAGGCUAUGAGAUGACUCCCACCAUGAGGGACAUAAACAAGAAGUUCUCAGUGCGGUACUACCUCAACCUGGUCCUCAUCGAUGAGGAGGAAAGGCGCUAUUUUAAACAGCAGGAGAUCACUCUGUGGAGGAAAGGCGAUAUCGUGAGGAAGAGCAUGUCUCAUCAAGCCGCCAUCGCCUCCCAGCGCUUCGAAGGCACCUCCCAUCCGGAGAAGCUGCAGAACUCUGAAGAAGAAAACAGCUAGAGCCCAGCGUGCAACUCCCCCCCCCCUCCCGUAGUGAGUGUCUGAGGGAAGGACGACGCAGAAAUGUCAGUCUGAAACCUGAAUGCGAGAAUGAUUAGUUUGCCUGAGUGAGCGAGCGAAUGAGAGGCUUUGAAAAUGUGACGGCGUGUGUGUCAAGGGUCAGACGAGACUCAGACAAGUAAAUCUCAGUGUUUUUGUUUUAACCACCUUGAAGUACCAGCUGGGUGGAGUUUACCACACUAAGUCUGAUGAAGUAGCAUCAGCUGGAAAAAAAAGAAGAAAAAAAAAUACUAAAACAGGCACAAAUUUGACUUUUUUUUGACAUGUAUUAACCAGCUCAGUGGGGCAAACUUCACUUAUUAGAUGCACUUGAAUAUAAUUUGCAAAUACUGUGUGUGUGAAUGAAUGUACAUAACGUGGCACGCGUUGAGCCAUCUCGGGUGGGUUUCUAACACGACCGACCUCUCCUUUAAAAUGACUCGGUUGGAACGUCGCGCUGUGCGGAAACUGUAGGUUACAGUCGACUUUACAACGCAUUUCUGUGUGUGUCCUCGCAGGAAUGGGACCUCAUGACAAAUUAAUUUAAGGGUUAUUUUUUUUUCUCCCGAUCCCGAAACCGCUUCGUGUCUCUUCGUUUUACGAAAACAAUCGCGUGACGAAAAAAAGAAGAACAAAACUCUACAAACGAAUGGAAAAAAAACAAAAAAAACAUUUUGUAUCAGACAAUGCUUAAAUAUUUUCAUACAUUCCAAGGCUGUCAUCAGAAAUUGGCGUGAUUAAUAGAGUAUUUAUUUUUUAACGGAAAUCCAUGUUUUUAACGAGCGUUUGACGUGUCGGUUGCGUCGCUUGGUUGCGGCUUGUGUCGAGUGUCGCCGCUGCUGCUAAAACAAAUGUGGCACUUGUGAGCUGUGGGGCUUUUUCUUCCAUCUCCCACCCGUAGUUUGAAGCCCUGCGUCGUCGUUUGCACUAUGACCUCCUCCUGCUAGUUUUCUUCUGUCAGUGCUGAAAGCCAGACUUCAUCAACCCCAGGUUCAAACCUGACAAGGACAGUAUUACACCUUGGUUUAGUGGCGUAGAUGCUUGAUUCCUGUCUAUUGAUGGUCUGUAGGCCGCUGGGACUGACUGCCAUGUUUGUUUGGCGAGUUAGCUUCGUGCCUAUAAGGGUUUAGUGCCAAAAUAUUUCAGUGCAAUAUUAGAGAACGUAAGAUGAUGCUGUCACGAAGGCGACUCUGAUAUAUUAGGCACUUAACCGGAAACACUGUUUAGCAGCGUGAUAUUUCCAUUUAAAGUCAAGCAGAGUAGAUGAUGAAGGCGAUUUCUUGUUUUUGAAUGUGUUUCUAAGGUUGCUUUCACACCUAGGGAGCGUUUCUCCCUCGGGUUAGUUCGUUUGGGCCGGUGUGAUCGCAGCCAUCGCACCGUGUGUGGAACAAAUGAACCGAGCCUGGUUAUAGAGGGUGGGUGGGUGGGCUCAGGCCGAUGGCAGUCGCUCCCCGGGCCGGUUUUGUUAGCAUCGUGAAGCGCAAAUUACCCACAGACCCAUGUAACUGCCUUACAACUAUAAUAAUAAUGAAGUUUACCUGAUGCAUCUUUGGAAGAGCGUGCCGAGGCGUCUGAUACAUAACACUGGUACGUAAAAAAACCACAGCCACAACAGUUACACGCCAGUGUCACCGCUCUCUGCUAAUGCUCUGUUUGUGAUUUGAUUAUUUCCCCCGAAAUCCAAUUUUUCUCUGCAAAAUGAUGAUCAAUCACAUCAGCGAAACUGUGGUUGAGGGGGAGUCGGAGCAGAACCCCGAGCCCAGGUUAAAUGUAACAUUGUGACUAUAUUGCAUCGGUUACUCCCUGAAUCGAAACAAGACACAGCUGUGAAGGCACCGUAGAAUAAAUCAUGCUUGACUUAAAGCACAUAGGUGAGUACAAAAAGUCCUCUCUGGUGUGUGGAAAAUAAUACAGAAACCUAACUCCAGCUCUUGCGCUGUGCAACUUUGCAAAAUGGAUCACUGUGUAUCUUGUUGAAGUUGAGACGUGUUUAUAUUUCAUAUUUCCCCGGCAGUAAGUCCCCAUUUUUUUUAGUAGACUGCUGUUUUGCAAAUCUGAUUAAAAAAAAAAUAAAUAAACUGCUGUUUACAUAACUGCUGAAAUAUUGCAACCAUCGACCUAAGGUGCGUUCAUCUGAGCCAACGGGACGUUUUUAUUUGGACGACUUGACUGAACGGGCGACAGAGUUACUUUUUCACCGAGUUUUCUCUGUUGCAUUGUUGACGGUGGUAGAAGUCACUGCCUCGUUAUAAACCCUUUAAACGUUAAGGGACUGUAUGCAAAUUAAAUUGGAUUGGGAUUAAAAUAUUAUAUGCAGUCAGUGGAGGGUCCUGAGCCUUAAGGUUAACUCACAUACCCAUACACAACAUCAAGAGUUGGCAAACAUACCAAACUUCUAUUGAACAGGAAGUUGUCCUUCAAUGAGUAAGUGAACUAUACAUAAGGACGACCAUAGUGAGAUGUCGCUCACUUUUUUAGCAUUUAGUUUACCAACUUUACCUUCGCUGUAUCUAUUGUUCUGUUCUAAGAGGAGAGAAAAGUUUGUGCAACCAUUGGCUCAUGGAAAAAAAAAUGAUACACUCUUUACUGCACUUAGAACACAAAGUUCAUGUCACAGGCAGCGAGAGCGCACACGAACCCAACACCAACAUGAUAUAAAUUUGCACAUGUAGGCACAAACUGACACACGCUGGAAAAUGUGAGCAACGAAAAUAAAAGUUUUAUGAACGUGUCUCAUGAACAACAGAGAGAGAGAGAGAGAAAAGAAACAGGCUGAAGGGAAAUGAAAAUAAGAUGUGGUUUCUCUGCCUGUUUGAACGAGAGCCCCGUAAACUGAGACGGUUGCGGCGGUUCGAUUCCAGCCUGCACCUUUUGCUCUACAUCAAUAUUUUUCAGUCGGUCCCCGGAAGUGAUUUUAAAAAUCUGCAUAAAAACCCACCUGCGAGUCUCCAUUGGCUUCUAGCGAACGCUGUUGUCUUUUGCAUUUGGCAGAACACGCAGCUAUGAGUCACGGUGCACAACAAAAGGCAUUUUUUAUGAGAACGCUCAGUAAUUUUUAAAUGAGUCCCUCUUAGAAAAGAGUGAACUGAAACAGAAAUGUGUUCUUGAAUGAUUGAACACUGUGCUCACAAACCAGCCCGUGUACUUCCAACAAUAAAUGCAGAAUCCUUGCCCCUCACUGACCUCACCUCCCUCCCCAAUCAUUUUCAGACAGUCCCUAAAGUAUUCUCCUUUUCUUUUUUGUUGCCAGUACUGGUACCGACAAACGAUAGCUGAACUAACCCAGUUUGCAAUAGAGCAUUAACAGAGAUUAUAAUAGGAAAGAAUAAUGAAAUGUACAGUAUAAAUGCACAAUGUAAAUGCAACCCUCCUCCUUUUUGUUUUUAUCCAUGUCAUAUUUUAUCUUCCUGUCUGUAAAUGCAGAUUGUAAUCAUUUUAUAUUCCAGUUUGUCUUUGAAUUAAAAGGGAGUAACUGAAA